AUGGGAUCUUCAGAAGAAGAAAUAGUUAGACUACAACAAGAAGUUGAGCAUUGGAAAUCACUAUAUUUUCAAAGCCUUCAAAGAACUCAAGAGCUUGAAGCACAGCUAGGAAUCAGCCCCAAAGAGUAUAAGCCUCCAGGGCAUGAAAGGCCUCAUUCAAAUAGGCAAGAAGAUCAUAAAUCUUCUCAGACUAAAAAUAAGCAAGGACCCAGUAAUUUUUAUUUAGAGUACAUAAAAAAGCAAGAUCACCAGUUAGAUCAUAUAAAGAAUAAACUUAGGCUGGCGUGCUCGAAUAAUGAUAAAGCUCUGCUAGAAGAGGCAAUAAAAGAAGCUGAAUUAGCUGGAAUGAGUGACAUUGAUCACGCUAACUCCCCCCCCCCCCCCCUCCGUGAGCGAACAAAACCAUUAGAAAAAUCGCCAUUUUUUGACCAAAAACCCACCCUCCGUGAGUGAACAAAAAUUUUUUUAAUAGAAAAAAUUUUAAUGAAAAAAAAUUUUGAUAUAUAAGUGAUAAUUAGUAUAAUGAAAUCUAGAGCUAAUUCUGUUUAAUUUUAAACAAAUUGCGUUUUUUAAAACAUAAAUUUUGCAAAUUAAAUUAAUAUUUGCUUCCAAUUUUUGCAAAUUAGGAUUUUUUUAAAUUUCGAAAAAAAAUUUUUUUAUAAAAUUUAUAUAUAAAUUUUUUUUAAAAAAAAAAAUUAACCCCCCUCCGUGAGCGAACAAAAUUUUUUUGUUCGCUCACGGAGGGGGGGGGGGGGGGGAGUAAGAGGAAACUGGCGUCACUAAUAUAA